ACGCGGGCUCCACGACGGCAAAUCCGGAAGGGGCGGAGUGGAUGGACUAGGCUACCGGGCCCUGCUUGAGUGACCGCGACCGACUGACUGCUUGACUGGGACGCGCGAUGUGGAGGGGUUUUCUGUGAAACAGUAUCAGUCUUCGCAUGGAAAGAGCAUCCCUUCUGCAUGACUGCAAUAAAAUUUGGAAUGUUGGUUUAUUUCUGUCUCUGAUGGAGGAGUAACCACACAUCUCACUGCUUCACUGGAAGAUUUCACGAGAAAUACAAGAUGUCAUCAAAUAGGAGUCAGAACCCGCAUGGACUUAAACAAAUUGGUCUUGACCAGAUAUGGGAUGACCUCAGAGCUGGAAUUCAACAAGUUUAUACAAGACAAAGCAUGGCAAAGUCUAGAUAUAUGGAACUCUACACUCAUGUUUAUAACUACUGCACAAGUGUGCAUCAAUCCAAUCAAGCACGAGGAGCUGGUGUACCUACUUCGAAGUCUAAAAAAGGCCAAACACCUGGAGGAGCUCAGUUUGUUGGCUUGGAGCUAUACAAGCGGCUUAAAGAAUUCCUGAAGAAUUACUUGACAAAUCUCCUUAAGGUAAAACAGAAGUUGUAUCAUCUAAAAUACUUAGUAUUUAGGUGUGACUGUUUAACUUUUCAUUCUAUAUUUUCAAAGGUAACAAAUGCUGUGCUGAAACUGAUUGAAAAGGAAAGAAAUGGUGAAACAAUCAACACAAGACUGAUCAGUGGAGUUGUGCAGUCUUAUGUGGAGCUGGGACUGAAUGAAGAUGAUACUUUUGCUAAAGGGCCUACGCUGACAGUGUAUAAAGAAUCUUUUGAAUCUCAGUUUCUUGCUGACACAGAGAGAUUCUAUACAAGAGAGAGCACUGAAUUUCUGCAACAGAAUCCAGUUACAGAGUACAUGAAAAAGGCAGAAGCUCGUCUUCUGGAGGAACAACGUAGAGUUCAGGUAUAUCUGCAUGAGAGCACACAAGAUGAACUAGCACGAAAAUGUGAACAAGUGCUUAUUGAAAAACACUUGGAGAUAUUUCACACAGAAUUUCAGAACCUUUUGGAUGCUGACAAAAAUGAAGAUUUGGGACGCAUGUAUAACCUUGUGUCUCGAAUCCAGGAUGGUCUUGGAGAGCUGAAAAAACUUCUGGAAACGCACAUUCAUAAUCAGGGUCUGGCUGCCAUUGAAAAAUGUGGAGAAGCUGCAUUAAAUGCAAGUAUUUAUUCACAUGUAAUUUCAUUAAAUUCACACAUUAUCUCAGAUUCAUACUGUAUUCUGGAGCGCAGUUACAAGAGAUUUACUGAUUUUUAUGCUAAUCGCCAUAGUGGAAGAAAAUUGACCUGGUUGUAUCAGCUAUCCAAAGGGGAAUUAGUUACCAACUGCUUCAAAAACAGAUACACUUUACAGGCAUCAACAUUCCAGAUGGCAAUUCUAUUGCAGUAUAAUACAGAAGAUGCUUACACUGUUCAGCAGCUGACAGACAGUACUCAGAUAAAAAUGGAUAUUUUGGCACAAGUUCUUCAGAUUUUACUAAAGUCCAAGUUGCUGGUUUUGGAAGAUGAAAAUGCAAAUGUUGAUGAAGUGGAGUUGAAACCUGACACCUUAAUAAAACUGUUUCUUGGUUACAAAAACAAAAAACUGCGGGUGAAUAUAAAUGUGCCAAUGAAGACUGAACAAAAGCAGGAACAAGAAACAACACACAAGAACAUAGAGGAAGACAGAAAACUACUGAUCCAGGCUGCUAUUGUAAGGAUUAUGAAGAUGAGAAAAGUUCUUAAACAUCAGCAAUUGCUUGGAGAGGUACUCACACAACUGUCAUCAAGAUUCAAGCCACGAGUCCCAGUAAUAAAGAAAUGCAUUGACAUUCUAAUAGAGAAGGAGUACUUGGAGCGUGUGGAUGGUGAGAAGGACACCUACAGUUAUUUGGCUUAACACUUUUUAGAAGUCAGUAUGGCAAACAAUUACACAACUGAAAGAAAGAAAAAGAACUUGUUGGCCUGCUGCCAUCUGGACCUCCAUUUUUAUAACUGAGACCAGGACUUCCAUCCCCCAAUCUUGGAAUUACAGUCUUGGAAUUGCUCAGGAUUGACACAUUUCAAAUAUGUAAAUAUGGACACCAAUGCCAUUUAACCUAAUUUAAGAACAGAACGGAAUCUGAAACCUCCUUUACUGGAGGUUGCAUGCUACUGCAUUUAAAUCAAUACAUUGGCUAUACAACAAAAAGCUGUUGCUACAGGCAGCACUUAUACAUGUUGGCAGCACUUUGGUUUGGGCCCAUGGUGUAAUCUGCUAUGAAAAAUCAUUUGUAUAGUGUGUUUCAUUUUUUAAUGUGUGAAAUAAAAAAUAAAAAAUUUCUGUA